CCCAGCAUACAGCGCGCCGGGGGCGGUACUGCGCACGCGUAGUGUUGUAUCGGGGCCGGAAGGAGGUCGCCUGGCGGGGAGCGGAGGUCCGGGGCUGGGCAGCGAUGGCCAGGCCGCAGCGCUCGGAAGGUACCAGCAGGGAUGAGCAUGUGAGGGUCACGUCUCAGAGGAAACCAGGCUUCCUGGAUCGUCUCAGCGAGACUACGGGGGGGAUGCUGGUGGGAUUUGUUGCCUUUCUUCUCUCCUUCUACCUCCUCUUCACGAAUGAAGGAAGAUGCGUCAGGACACAGAAGUCCCUGGACGAGGGCCUUUCUCUUGUUGUUUCCUUGAGUGACAUCUACAGUCCAAUACCACAAAAUGACGGGAAACUGGUGCACCUGUCGGGACCUCUUAUGACAAUGCAGCCCCUUUAUGAUCCAAACUAUGGCAUCUCGCUCCACGUGGUGAAGCUGCAGCGGCAAGUGGAGAUGUACCAGUGGGUGGAAUUUGAAGACUCGAGGGAGUACGAAGAGAAUGGUGAAAAGAAAACUGAGACCAGAUAUUCAUACAAUACCGAGUGGAGGUCUGAGGUUGUCAAUAGUAGGAACUUUGAUCGGGAAAUCGGACACAAGAAUCCAAGUUCCAUGGCUGUUGAAUCAUUCACGGUGGUGGCUCCGUCUGUUGAUUUGGGAAACUUUCACCUCUCUAAAGGACUAAUUGAGAAAAUCCAAACCUUUAGGAGGAUCCCAUUGUCUAAGUUUGGGGCUCCCCAUGCUGAUAUCACAGUGCUAGAUGAUUACUUCUACCAUAGCAGGAACCCCAAGAGCCCGGAGGUGGGGGACGUUCGUGUGUCCUUUCAUUACGCAGGGCUCAGCGGGCAGUGGUCCUUCCUGGGACGGCCAGACGUGGUGACCAUUGUGGGUCGUCAGGAGACCAACAUGCUGGGUGCGUACCAGACCAAGGCGGGGAACGUUCUGGAACUAUUGUACGAGGAGCAACUCUCGGCAAUGGAGGUGUUUGAGAGGGAACACGCUGCCAACUCAGCGCUGACCUGGGCUCUGCGCCUGGCCGGCUGGCUCCUGAUGUUCCUCGGCAUCAAGCUGAUGAUCCGGAUUCUGCACACCCUGGUGGACUGGGUGCCCAUCCUCCGUGACUUGGUGAGCCUGGGCCUGACUGUGUUUGCGCUGUCGGUGGCCACCUCGCUGACUCUGCUGACGGUGGCCGUGGGCUGGAUCUUCUACCGACCCGUGCUGGCCCUGCUGCUGGUGCUCCUGGCUGCUCUGCCCGUCCUGUUGGCGAAGAUCCGCGACCGGCCCAAGAUGCUGUGAGCCCGGGGGCCGGAGAGGAGUGGUCAUCGUCCAUCAACGCACCUCCACUGCUGCCGUCUCCUGUCACCAGGUGAUCUCAGUAAACGACGUUACCAUGGAAAAACCUGCAACAAAUCUGACCUCUUAAAGCCCGUUUCUUGAGCAGUGGCUGAGUUGGGGGCCAGGACUGAACUCUCUGCUCACCAGGACCAGUCUCCUGCGGGUGUCGGCACAGAGUGAGGCUGCGACCCACCCAGCGCUCGAGUUAACAGGGAAGCCACCGGGGGGUUUGGUGCUGUGUAAGUCCAGUUCCAGUUCUGCUUGGGGUGGGAUUGUGAUACUGUAAUGGGCAACUUUUCUUUAAAAAAAAAUAAAAUAAUCAAUGCA